AUUGUUAUAGCCACUUCCAGGGAAAGAAGAAGAAGAAGAAGGAAUCUGGCGUGGAAGUAACCAAUCGAGAGUGGUAACAGAAAUAGCAAUAACAAUUUGGUUAACAAAAACCCUAAGGUGGAGAAAGAAGGGGUUUACUCUAACCGACAAUCAGAUUCGGAAGCCUUUGACUUGUGUUCACUCUGUUAUUCUCGCAAUGGAGGUUCAGAUUCCAAAUCACACUGUUUUCGACAUGCCUUCACUUCUCCAAGCUGUGGUCGCCGACACUGUUCUCGCCGCUGCUCAAUCUAUUGCUUUGAUUGGAUAUCUGCUUACUAAUGGCACUAGUUCAGUGUCACCAAAUUUGACUGAAGUGGAUGGAAGGUUUCCUUUAGAAGACCUUUUUGGGAGGAAACGUGCUUAUCUACAAAACAAGAAUAGUGAAACAGAGGACGAGGAGGAUGGAGAUGAGGAUGAUGAAGAUGGACCUGACGAGGAUGAGGAUGGAGAUGACGAAGAAUUCUCAGGUGAAGAAGGCGAUGAAGGAGGGGACCCUGAAGAUGAGGCUAAUGGUGAAGGAAGUGAUGAUGGGGAUGAGGAUGAUGAUGGCGAUGACAACGGCGACGAGGAAGAUGAUGAUGACGGAGAAGAUGAAGAGGAGGAUGAGGAGGAAGAUGAAGAGGAGACCCCACAACCACCUCCUACUAAGAAGAGAAAGUGAGAAUUAAUAUUAACAACCUUAGUGAUUAGGACAGGUAAAUUAGCAACCUUUUGAGUAGACCUAUCUUGCUUUAUUUUCAUGUCAAUGAUGAUAAUUAUUAUAUUAACAUUCCUCAUUGUUUCCAUGACUUUACCUUCUUCCACCAAAUUAUUAUCGUGUGUCACUUAAAAAAUGUUUUUCAAUUAAAAAAAAGUCUCAAUUGCAAUUCUAUCUUUAGAAAA